AUGGCGUCUUUUUUUAUCGUCUAAAACCGUUUUUUUUAUCGAGUAUUAGUGAAAUUGAGGUUGUAAUCGACAAAUAUUUUAUUAUUAAUAAUUACAAGCAAUAAGUGUUUAAGGUAAAGGAAAAAGAAAAAUAAAACGGAAGAAAUAAGGUAUAGUGUUAUACUUACAUUACUUCAUUUAACGAAGCUUCCGUAUUUAUGUUCGAAGAAGAGAAUGUAAUAUUGGCGGUUUUCACUCGUGUACGACUUCUUCAGGAUAUAGUCUUUGUAUUUAUCGUCUAAAACGAUUUAACUAUGGCGGUUGGUUCAACAAAAGUAGUACAAGUGACGAAUAUUGCACCCCAAGCAACUAAAGAUCAAAUGCAAACUUUAUUUGGUUACUUAGGAAAAAUAGAAGAUAUUAGAUUAUAUCCUACUAUAAGGGAUGUAGCAGUGCCCGUACAAUCACGUAUAUGUUAUGUUAAAUUUCAUGAUCAAGGAUGUGUUGCAGUUGCUCAACACAUGACAAAUACUGUUUUCAUUGACCGAGCUUUAAUAGUUAUUCCUUAUCAAAAUGGAGAUAUUCCAGACGAACAGAGAGCACUUGAAUUAACCAACAAUGGCACUGUUGUACCAGGUCUAUAUCCUUCUGAGCCAAAGCUUCCACCAAAUGUUGUAAAUGCAAUCGAAGGGAUUCCUCCGAAUCAUGUAAUUACAACAAUGGAUCCUAAAUUAGAAGCUCAUGGAUUACCACCUUAUCCACAUUUACCUGGCCAUUUGGAUAGUAGAAGAAUUGAGGAAAUAAGGAGAACAUUAGUGAUAGCCAAUUUAGAUGCUUCUACGACGGCUGAGCAAUUGCUUGAUUUUUUUAGCAAUAAUAAUGUUGAGAUUAAGUACUUACGCCUUUGUACAAGAGAUUCUGAUACAGAUCAUUACGCAUUAGUGGAACUCACAGAACAAGGAGCGGUGGUUUCUGCAUUAUUAUUAAAUGGAAAAACGCUCGGUGAUAGACAUAUUAAAAUUUAUCAUUCGACGCAAGCAAUAGCAAAACCAGAAGCAAAAAGUAAUGAAGCAGCUCAAAAAGAAAUAGAGGAAGCUAUGUCUCGUGUUAAAGAAGCUCACAAUUUGAUUUCUGCAGCGAUAGAUCCAAUGAUUGGUAUGCUCUCGAAAGACAAACGUAGUCGCAGUGGUUCACGUAGUAGAAAAUCGAGAUCUAGAUCGCGUGGUCGUAGUAGACGUUCAAGAUCACGAAAAAGAUCUCGUUCGCGACACCGACGUUCACGUUCGCGCCAUCGACGUAGAUCCAGGUCACGUUCAAAACGAUCUCGAUCUAAAGAACGUAGAAGAAAAUCACCAUCACGGAGAAGAAGUGGCUCUCGUAGUCGUCAUCGUUCUCGAUCACGAUCGAGACGAUCUAGAUCACGUAGAUCUCGAUCUAGAUCAAGAGAUCGUAGAAAAAGAUCACCAAGGCGCAGGAGUCGUUCUCAUUCUCGUAGUAAACGUUCUAAAUCUAAAUCUAGACGGUCAAGAUCUAAAUCUAAAUCUAGAACAUCUAAAUCGAAAUAUUCUGAUAAAUAUAAGGAUAAGGAUAAAGAUAGAGGUAAGGAUAAGUCUGAUAAUGGUAAAAAAAGUGACGGGGAUAAAGGUGACAAGGAAAAAAGCGAGAAGAAAUCCAAGGAUAAAAAAUCAGAUAAAGAAUCAAAGUCAGACGAAAAAAAUAGACUUACAGCUGAUAAUGAAAGUAAAGAUAAGGAAUCUGUAUCUUAAAUUUUUCAAAAAAUUUAAUUAACACGUAUCUUUAUUUUAUUAUUAUUUUGUUAAUUUCAAUUUAUAUAGUAAGAUAUAAUUCAUCUGUACAGUAAGCACAUUAUUCAAAGUUAUAAAAACAUAUCUCAGCCAUAUGUCAUUAUGUUUAUUUGAAAAGAAAAAACAGAAAAUAUUACUUUGGUAUUAAUUCUUGCUUGCUAUUAAUUAUAGUUUUUAUAAUUCAUUCCUUGCCACCAUUUAUAAAAAAAUUACUCCCUAUUUUAUUUGUAUUUCUUUUAAUUCUCAUGUACUUUACAAAAUUAUAUUUCCGUUACAAUAAUAAAUGCUAUUGUACCGACAUCGAUGUAUGUAUUUAAAUAUUUAUUUUGCUAUAGAUUUUCAUAAAAUGCUACAUUUUCAUAUUCUUCAAAUUUUACUGGAACUUGUUUGCGAAAACGAUCUUUUUGAACGUACUUUAAACUUGAACGUCUCUUCAUUAGCAUCUAUAUAGAAUGGACUCAUAUUUAAUAAUUAUAUUACAAAAAUUUUGUGCUCUUAUUGCAAAUGAAUUUUAUUUAAAAUUUUGUAAAAAAGUAUUUAUUGUCACUUACCAUGCCUCUAUUUUGCGUUGAUGAGUUAGCAUCUGAUCUAGAAGUCAUCUCCAUUGUAUCAUCUGGCAUUUUUUUAUUUCGUGCUAUAGUUUUUAUUUCAUCUGGGCCUAAUCAGAAAUAAAUUAUUAAUUUAACAUUA